AGCUCUGCCUGCUUAGGACUCUGCCCAGCCAGGAAGGAAACCUACAGGAGGAAGAAUGGCUGCAGGGUGGCUGACAACCUGGUCACAGAACUCAGUGACCUUCCAGGAAGUGGCAGUGGACUUUUCCCAGGAGGAGUGGGCAUUGCUGGACCCUGCUCAAAAAAAUCUAUACAAAGAUGUGAUGCUGGAGAACUUUAGGAACCUGGCCUCAGUGGGGUAUCAGCUCUGCAGACACAGUCUGAUCUCCAAGGUGGAUCAAGAACAGCUGAAGACAGAUGAAAGAGGAAUUCUACAAGGUGACUGUGCAGACUGGGAAACUCAACUUAAAUCAAAAGAUAUAAUUGCUAUGCAGAACAUUCCUGGGGAAAAAACAUCCAAUGGCAUAAACAUGGCAGAAAAUCAACCUGGUGAGCACUCCCUGGAGUGUAACCAUUGUGGGAAAUUCAGAAAGAACACUUGCUUUAUUUGUACAAGAUAUUGCAAGGGAGAGAAAUGCUAUAAAUAUACAGAGUAUAGCAAAGUCUUCAACCAUCCCUCAACUCUUAGGAGUCAUGUGAGCAUUCACAUUGGAGAGAAAACUCUUGAAUUUACUGAUUGUGGAAAAGCUUUCAAUCAAGAGUCAUCCCUCAGGAAACACUUAAGAACUCCCACAGGACAGAAGUUUCAGGUGUAUGAUCAAUGUGAUAUGUCCUUCAACCUACACUCUUCCUGCUCAGUACGUGAGCAAAUACCUACUGGAGAGAAAGGUGAUGAAUGCAGUGACUAUGGCAAAAUAUCUCCCCUUAGUGUCCACACAAAAACUAGUAGUAUGGAGGAGGGUUUGGAAUGUAACGAACAUGAGAAAACUUUCACUGACUCUUUGUCCCUUCAGAACUGUGUCAGAACUCACUCUGGAGAGAUGCCCUAUGAAUGUAGUGACUGUGGGAAAGCCUUCAUUUUUCAGUCUUCCCUUAAGAAACACAUGAGAUCUCAUACUGGAGAGAAGCCUUAUGAGUGUGAUCACUGUGGAAAAUCCUUUAGCCAGAGCUCUCAUCUGAAUGUGCACAAAAGAACUCACACUGGAGAGAAACCCUAUGACUGUAAGGAAUGUGGGAAGGCUUUCACUGUUCCUUCAUCCCUUCAGAAACAUGUGAGAACCCACACUGGAGAGAAACCCUAUGAAUGCAGUGACUGUGGAAAAGCCUUCAUUGAUCAGUCAUCCCUUAAGAAACACACACGCUCUCACACUGGAGAGAAGCCUUAUGAGUGUAACCAGUGUGGAAAAUCCUUCAGCACAGGCUCUUACCUUAUUGUGCACAAGAGAACUCACACUGGUGAGAAAACCUAUGAGUGUAAAGAAUGUGGGAAGGCCUUUAGGAAUUCCUCUUGCCUGAGGGUACAUGUGAGAACUCACACUGGAGAGAAGCCUUAUAAAUGUAUUCAGUGUGAAAAAGCCUUUAGCACAAGCACUAACCUUAUAAUGCACAAGCGAAUCCACAAUGGCCAGAAACUCCAUGAAUGAAAUGACUAUAGGAAAGUGUUUGUUGCCCCUCAUGCCUCCUUUCUCACCUUAGAACAUACACUGGAGAGAAACCCUGUUAUGGUCACGUGGAAACAGCCUUCUGGCCCAGCUCUGGAUGUCUGUAAUACUGGGACAAACCUUAUAAAUGUUAUAGCUCUGAUUGUUUUUAUCAGUGAGUAUUUCAUUCUGUGUGUCAGAACUGUAGAUCCUAUGAAUAUUUUAGUUAUCUUUUCAGUUUAAUUGCAUUGUGAACAGAAUACGUGGUCUUCAAUAUAGAGAUUGUGUGUGACAUAGAUUUGAACAUAAUUGCUGGACACUGACUGAUGUACUGUGGCAGACAGAACUAGUUGCUGUCUCAAUAUCCAUUCCUCCCUUCUUUCUUAAAGUAAUAAAAUUUACCAUUUAGUUCAAGCUGGCAAUGUGGACAGUUUUCACCCAGCUUUCCUCACA